AUGACCGCGCCGUCACCCCUCAACGCCUCCUCCACUUCCACCUCCCCAGACUCCGCCGCCCCAGCUCUCCCCGACCGACCCUCGACGUUAAACAAUGUUGUCAACCAGAAUGCGUCAAACUUCACCAAUCAGAACCGCUUCGGCAUGAACAACACUCCUUACUCUGGACCUUAUUCGUCCUAUUCUUCCCCCUACUCAAGAUUCGGAGGCGGCAUGUAUGGUGGAGGCAUGUAUGGAGGUGGCCUUGGGUAUGGCGGAGGCAUGUACGGCAGUGGCAUGUAUGGGGGAUAUGGAGGCUACCCAGGGAUGCCAGGCGAACCAAAUAAUCAGAGUCUCACCCAGACAUGGAACAACAGCACAGCCGCGACUUUUCAGAUUAUGGAGAGUAUUGUCGGCGCGUUUGGCGGGUUUGCGCAAAUGUUGGAGAGUUCAUACAUGACGACGCGUUCUUCAUUUUUCGCAAUGGUCUCCAUGGCCGAACAACUCGGGAACCUACGCCAGACCCUUGGUUCAGUUCUUGGAAUUUUCACACUCAUGCGCUGGCUUCGGACCUUGAUCGCAAAACUCACUGGUCGUCCACCACCUGCCGACGCAACAGCCCUUACACCCGCGGCCUUCUCAUCCUUCCUCAAUGGAGGCCACGGUUCCACCCCUGCAACACUGCCUGACGGCUCUCCCGCCCCAGCCCGCCCCUCGCGGAAACCGUUCAUAAUGUUCGCCAUCGCAGUCUUCGGCCUGCCCUAUCUCAUGAGCAAGUUGAUCCGCGCCAUGGCCCGUUCCCAAGAAGAAGAAAUGCGUCGACACCAAGAAGCCGCAAUGACAUACACUACGGGUGAGAACGGGGAGCAAAUUCCUAUCGACCCCAAGAAGCUCGACUUCUGCAGAGUGCUGUAUGACUACACUCCCACGCCGCAGUCUGGAGGGAUGGACCUCGAGGCCAAGAAAGGCGACUUCGUUGCAGUGCUCUCCAAGACGGACCCCAUGGGCAAUGCGAGCGAAUGGUGGAGGUGUCGUGCGCGAGACGGUAAGAUGGGAUAUCUGCCGUCUCCCUACCUCGAACCGAUCCAGAGACCCAUGCCAAAGGCCACCCCACAAAUCACCGAAGGGAAGACGACGCCACAGCCGACGGAAACGGACGAGUUGAUGGCUUCAUACAAGCCCAAACUCCUCCGCAACACAGGUGAGGUAGAGCCCGAGUCCCAGGCCGUAAUGGACGCGCUGGACGGGCGAGAGAAGGAGUACAAAGAUCGGUAUAACGCUCUAUAUGCGCCAGCGACAAAGAAGAAGCCGGCUGUCGAUGUCAAGGGACCAAAGAUGGACAGCAAACCCGGUGAUAUUUCGGCAGAGAGUUUCCAGAAGAGCGCUUUUUAUUCUUGA